GCGCUCAGUUACUGGAUCAAGUUGACUCUGGAAUCAUCGAAGACGAUGAUUCAAUCGUGAUUUAUUCGUUAAUUAAUCCGUAAUUAUGUGAAGAAUUGUUGUUAAGUUUAUUGCUAUAGACACAGGGAAGUCAUUCCUAUGUGAUAAACAUCGAACAUAUUAAUUAGGAUGAUGAUGCCUUGUUUCCACGUUUUGCUGUUGGCCCUUGUUCUGCCAACGCUUGGCAGCUAUGUACCACCCGGACCUCGGUAUCUCUGCCCCAAGGACCCCGUUUACAUUUAUCCAUGCACUUGUGAACAAGGAACUGAUCGAGGAUUGUACGUAAGAUGUGAGAAUACCAAUUUGGCGAGUUUAAGUCUGGCAUUCGUUAAUUUGGGGAACGAACCAGCGCCGAUCGAGGAGCUGACGAUACACAAGUGUGAUAUAGCAAGAUGGUAUGGUCCGGCACUCUACCCCCUGAACAUUCGCGUUUUGAGAAUUAUCGAUACUCCUCUCAAGUCCAUUGAGGAGCACAGCUUUCUAGGUGUCAACAGAACACUCCAAGGGCUUCAUAUUAUUCGAAGUCGGCUGGAAAAAUUUCCAAAAGAGGCUUUCCAAAUUUUGGGGAAUCUCUCAGAGUUGAUUAUCUCCGGGCACAAACUCACCGCUUUUCCCAGUAAUGGUUUUGCCGGGAGCUUGGCAGCUGCCAAGCUCGAGAGGUUGGAAAUGAGCUAUGGAACUCUGGCAUCAUUGCCAACAGAUGCAUUGACGCCAUUGAAGAAGUUAAAGUCGCUCGAUCUUCAUGGGAAUAAGAUUGACGAAUUGAAACGAAAUCAGUUUAAGGGCCUGAGAGACACUGAGUUCCUGGAUCUGUCUGAUAAUCUAAUCAGCAAACUUGACCCGUCUCAUCUCGCCGAUUUGACGAAAAUGGGGUGGUGCAAUAUAUCCCGCAAUGCGAUUGGGGAAUUGAAGCGAGGAACUUUUGCCCGGAAUUCUGUUUUAAAAGUUCUAAAUUUAAGUCACAACAAAAUUAGAAAACUCGAUUCCAACACGUUCAGAGGAAUGAGAUUCCUGCGAAGGUUAUUUCUGAGUGACAACCUCAUUAACGAUGUUGGCAGAGGAACAUUUGGCUCUGUCACGAGGAUUGGUACAAUCGAUCUAGCCAGAAAUCAGAUAAAGAAGAUCGACUACCAAAUGUUUAAUCAGCUUCAGUACGCGGAGCUUCUGGAUGUGUCGGAAAAUGCAGUGAUAGUUGUGGAGAAAUUAGCUUUUAAGGAUCUGUUCUUAGCAAAAGUGAAUCUAUCGCACAACGAGAUAAUGAAAAUCGAGGCUGGUGCCUUUGAAAAUUGUGCCAAUAUUACAGUUCUCGAUCUGAGUUACAACAAACUUGACAACAUCUCGAAAUACGCUUUUGAUAGUUCAACAUAUGCGACUGAAUUGCAGCUGAGUUACAACUUAUUAACGGCCCUCAAUCAGGUACCUUUACACAACAUGACUGGUCUAAAAGUACUGAAUGUCAGUCACAAUAAUAUUCAGUCAGUUCCCAGACAAACAUUUCCGAAACUCUACGAAUUGCACACAAUUGAUCUGUCACACAACAAUUUAUCGGAAAUUCAUAACGGAAUAUUUCAGACCCUCUUUAGCCUGCGCUUUUUGAAUCUGUCCCACAAUUCGUUGGAGAAGAUCAGACCAUCGACAUUCGGCCCUUUAACCACCCUAUUACACCUUGACAUGAGUGACAAUAAAUUGACGGACAUAGCGAAAGGAAGUUUAGCUCGUCUGUCAAGCUGUCAGACACUCUCCGUAAGGAAUAACAAGCUAACAAAAAUAUUUCAAUUACCAAUUCCCCUGGGUUACCUCGACUUGUCGGCGAAUGAUUUAGAAGAAAUUCCGACAAUUGACGUCUGGCCCUCCAUGAAUGCAUUGUUGUACCUCGAUCUCUCGAGAAAUCGCUUGGGCGAUAGCCUACAACAUGGAAGCUUUCAGCCUCUAUUAACUCUUCGAACACUAAAUCUCCAAGGAAACAAUAUUACCGUACCCCCAUGGGCAGCUCUGAGUACUUUAACAAGUCUUCAAUACCUCUACAUGCAGGAUAAUCAUUUAACGAGUCUCGGUAAAUCAGCAUUUGGUCUUCUACCAAUCGUCUUCGAGCUCAACUUGGCCAACAAUAACAUUAAAAAUCUUAACCCACGGGCGUUUGAGGGUCUCCUUCAGUUACUGACGCUUAAUUUGACUAACAAUGACAUUGGACAUAUUCCCAACGGUGCAUUUCAGGGUCUCGUGUCUUUGAGAACCCUAGACCUGUCACACAACCAUAUAGAGAAGUUGGAUAACAAGACACACGGAUUAUUGGAGGAUUGUUUAUCUCUCGAGAGAAUCAAUCUCAGUCACAACAAAUUUUCAUUCAUCACCAGAAAAACAUUUCCCAACGAUCCUUACAUACCUUACAGACUCAAGGAAGUUGACUUGUCAUACAACUCGAUGCCCGUGCUGACAUACGAUAUUACCAUUGGCACUAAAAAAGUUCUCUACAUGAAUCUCAGUCACAAUAAUAUCAAUGAAAUUCGAAGGCAUGUAAUUGGAAAUAUGACAUCAGUCCACACACUCGAUUUGUCUCACAACGAUCUCAACGAUAUUUCCGGCAGAGAUGUCUUCGUAGCACCCCACAAUCUCACUAAAUUGCACCUGAGUGAGAAUCAUUUCACCCAUCUUCCUAUGAAAGAAAUCACCUCAAUGCCAAUGCUCAAACUCUUAGACAUUCGGAACAACGAAUUCUCGGCUUUUGAUUUGAAUUUCAUGAAGCUUAUCAGCAAUGAUACACAGCUGCAAUACGAGGGUAACCCCUUGAAAUGCGACUGCUACGCGAGACCAUUGAAACGAUGGAUCACUACGUUAACAGAAGUCACGAGUGACUGGAGAAAUGUUAUUUGUGCAAGUCCCGAUUACAUUGCCGGAAAAGCUCUUCCAAAUGUAAAUGAAGAAUUGAUGACUUGUGAGGAGAGUGAGAUAGCAGAAAAUCCCGACUUGGAGAUAACACCCGAUGUUAAAUUUCGACAAAUUGAAUACGAUGAAGACGACAAGUCCUGGAAAAUAACCUGGUACGUCACAUCACGCGGCGACAUCGGUGAUUUCUACCUAGUCGUACGCGAAGCAGGAGGAAGUAAACCGAUAAUUGAGGAAGACAUUGUCUACAAAGAGAGAUCCUACACGAUACGAGAUAUACCGGAAAUACAGGCGAUGUACGAAUUAUGUAUAUUAGCAAGAGACUCGAUCGGCAAUGUCAAACACUUCAGAAAUUCCCAGUGUCAGGUAUUAAAUAAACAGCCAGUUAUAUUGUCAACGACAUCGACAACACGUUCAAGCAUAGUCUGCACACUGGUUACAAUUAUUCUAGUUGCUGUGAUGUAAAUACAAAAUAUUAUUAUUGUUAUGAAUCAUUCGAAUUGUAAAUAAUUUAUAUUGUAAUUUGUUGAAUAAAGAAACGCUCAAUGCA